CACUCAUCAGUGUCUCCCCCCUAACUACUCUUAUCUCCCUCCGUCGUCCCUCCCUUUUUUGCUACUCAUUCUUUCUCACUAUCUUGUACCCUACCUCCCUUUCUUUCCCCUCUCUCUCUCUCUCUCUCUCUCUCUCUCUCUCUCUCUCUCUCCUUUACAGACUCUCAAUGUCUCUCACUCACACACCACAUCAACAGCUACCAUCCCGACCAAGCCAGACCAAGGAUGUUUACUUCAUGCUUUUAUCAUAUGGCCUAAUGACGUUUAAUUGCUUUACUUAACGAGCUCAGGGACGAGGACCAACGCAAUGCGGCUCAAUCCAACCAGCCAGCCCCAGACUGGAACUGGAGCAGAGAGACAUAUUAAAGGGUGGUAGAGACGGAUAGUGGCAAGUCUUUGCGACGGAGCUUUGAUGGAAAAGAGGAGUAGAAUAGGAAUAGGGUGGUUGCGUCGGCCUGCAACUUUUCCAAAGGAGACACAGCAGAUAAUGGACUGCAGCGUUAGAGAAACAUUUUUCUUUGAAAGAGAGGGUUAAUUUGUGUUGUGUUUGAGUAAAAGCAGAGUAGAUGCAGGUAGAAGAGCAAAAAAGGUUUCUAGUUUAAAGGUUAAAAAGGGGUACAGCUAUUAAGAAAAGAUAUGGCAAACAAAGACGGGUGAAGGUCCAAGUGGUGUAGUAAAGUACAGUGGAAUGCAGCAGAGUAGAUUUAGAGUAGAUGAGAGGAAAAAUAUUUUGGAAGUUAUCUUGUACACAGGAGAGCAUGUAAGGUAACAGUUGAGUAGAGUUUACUUGAAAUCAGAAAGUAAGUAAGUAAGUAGAAUGUAAAAUCCAAACAAAAAUCCCAGAGUAAAGGGUGUACAAAUGGAAUUUUCUGGGAUUUUCUAAAAGAAGACUCAAACAAUUAGACAAGAAGGGUACAGCUUUAAAAAAGCAGUAGAGUAGAAACUACAAUAAGGUGGACUUUGAAUUGAAGCCAUGGAGCUGCUGGAAGCGUUCUACCGCAGGAAGCUCCGGAAGAAGCCGAAGAAAGUUGAGCUGGGCCGGUCAGAUGGGGCACUGUGUCGAUCACCAUCAGAGGCCAGCGUCAACGGCCUGGCGACCGGCCUCAUCUCCAAAGUCCUCAGGUUCACCUCCAGACGCACCGAGCCGGCAUCUCGUCCUCACUCAUGGCAUUCAACGAAGCUCAGUGAAGGUCAGCAGCAGUCGGAUCAGGGAGGGAUGGAUACGAUGAGCAGUGCCUGGCACCACAACUACCACACCAGUGCCUCGACCACCGACCUGUCCGGUGGGUUUGACUCUGGUGGCAGCUACAUGAGAAAGAGUCCGGACCAGUACAGCUCUAGGGGCAGCAUGGAGAGUCUGGACCAUCCUCUGUCCUCCCAGCUUCACUCUGGAGCUAAGCACCCCCACACCCACAGUGGACCUCACCCUGCCUACUCUUCCUGCCACCAGCUGUCCUCUUCCAGGUCCUCCAACAGCAUCGACCACCUCCACAGCAAACGAGACUCUGCCUACUCAUCCUUCUCCACCAGCUCCAGUAUCCCAGAGUACCUCGCCUCCACCCCUUCCUUCAGCCCAGAGCGCUCCUAUUCACUGGAGACCGUCCCUCAGAGAGGAGGGGAGAUGCAGCAGGCUGACAUUUGUUAUGUCCAGACGGUUUACGACGCCCAGCAGGGCCUAUCUCAAGAGCACGAGCUGAGCUCCACCUCUGUCGCGUUGCUCCGAAACAGUAAUUCCAGAGGUGGGCCGAGGCCAGGGCUAAGCCAAGAUCGGCAAGAUUCAGUAGGUGGUAGCAGCAGUAGCGGCAGCAGCAGUGAUGGCGUACCGGCAUCAAACAGACACAGUGUGGGUCCAAUAUGGGGUCCGGCAGCCAGCCGCAGCUCCUACGAGAGCCUUAAGGGGGCACCGGCUCCACCGAGACGCAGCGACAGCUAUGCAGCCAUCAGGAACCAUGAAAGACCAAAUUCCUGGUCCAGUCUGGAGCACGCCCGGUCACUACGGUCUCUGCAGAAAGGUUCCUGGCAUCACUCCAGUGGCCCUGUGGCCUCAGGUGCAGCUAAAGGCUCGUACGGCGCUGAGGGUCUGCUCCACACAGUGAUAGAGAAGAGUCCAGAGAGCAGCCCCACCACAAAGCCCCGGCAGGGUGGAGGUUUUCCCCAGCCCCCUUCCCUUAGUGGACCCUCCUCUGAACCUGCAGGCCCUAUCUCCCAGUCUGGCUGGCUCAUUCUGCCCACCGGCAUGUACCAUGUCCCCCGGCUUGAGCCCCACUAUGCUCAGAUGCCCAGCACCAGCCACAGGCCAGGCUCCUCGGGAGUCUACCCCGCCCUGGCCAAGGAGAGCAGCGGACAGCAGCAGCUGCUGCAGGGUGUCAUAGGGAGAAAGGAAGGAGCAUCAGAGAGGCGGAGGGAUGUAAGGAUGUCAGCCACAGAAAACGGAUACCAAAACAAUACUUCUUCUUCACUAUACCCCUAUUCCUCUUCUACAACAUCUGCCCCUACACAGCUGAAGACUCAAGCACACGAGGCAGACAGGCCUCAACAAGAAGAGGUUAAGUCUGACCAGACAAGGGACCAAAGGCCCCUAAACCAGGGACCUCACGUUCAGAGCUUCCAAGGGUCCCAUCUUCAUGCAAGCCAGAGACCCCACAGCCAAGUGUUCCAGGAACAGAACCAGGAUUUCCAUAUUCCCCACGUCCAAUCAACUGCUGGACUCAGACCCCCAUCCUCACAAGAGUGGGUGGACCCCUGCAUACCUGUCCAGUCCAAGGGAGACAGAAACAGAUCAAUGGACCAGGCCAGCAUUCAUUCAGAGCCAGUGGCAUCCUCCAGGCUCACUCAGGGAGAACUGCCUCUUACCCACUUACCUGUUCACCCUCAGCCUCAGGAUCUCCCCCCCUCCGCCUCCCAGCAUCCUCCCCGUCACCUCAGUGACUCAGCAGUUCUGCAGUACCAGCACUGGGACCACAAACAGCAGGACAAAGACAGGGAACACCCACUGACCCGUCUGGAGAUUGCCCUUGCCGAAGUCCAGCGAUGUGCCAGCCCCAACAGUGUUGUCUCCGCAAGUAGCCAUGGCAACAGUAGUCUUGGUAAUGACAGCCAGGGACCUGUCCGCAGCCUCUCUGUCCUAGAGAAGGUCAGUCGCUUUGAGCGCCGGGAAUGCACCGGAAAGCAGCGCAGUCACAGCACCACCAAUGUACAAGACAAGGCCACACAUCUAAGGAUGUCUGAUAAAGGCUACAGCACCCCAUGUGGAGCAGAUGACCUCAGAAACAUGCUUGAGAGAAGCACCAGCAGGAUCAAAGCCCACAGGACUCUUAGCUACAGAGGAGGCAGUAGCGAACACACGAAAUACAGGACCCCAGUAGAUCCCAGGUCAGCCCUCCAGAGGAGCCGCAGCAGCUUCCAGCUGGACGAAUCCAGGGAGGGUGACAGCAGCAAAGAUUUCCCCCUGACACAGGACAUCCAAGAGAUGCUGGGCUACAUGCAGGACACGUCCUUCAACAGAUCUUAUAGGGACUCUUUAAAAGACGCCCAGUCUAAAGUCCUGCAAUCCACCUCCUUCAGACGGAGAGACCUCAGCUCCUCGAUCAGCCCCCCACCUCCUGCAGCUACUCCUCUCAUCUCCUCCUCCAGCAGCAAUCAGCCUCCACCUGUCCCUGCCAAACACCACUCCCUGGAGAAAAAAGGCCCAAAAACCAUGCCCAAACCACAGGGCGUUGUCAUUACACCACAGUCGCAACCACCGCUCACUUCCCUUCACACCCCAAAGGAGCGGCAUGUGGUCAGCCCAGAGACUCGAGGCCCGAGCCCCCCAGCCCUCCCCAGUCUCCCACCGGUUGGACCUCCUGCUCUGAUGCGGAUCUGUGGCCGCAAGCGGCUGACAGUGGACCAGAAGAAGCAAUCGUACUCUGAGCCAGAGAACAUGAACGAGGUCGGGAUUUCAGAUGCAGAGACAGAUGCCCUCUUCAGGCGUGGAGGAGAGACCAGCGUGGCAGAUCGGCGGAAGAUGUUUGAGCUUGUAGCAAGUCGUGUCAGGGGCGGGGCUUUGCAAAAUGCCACGUCAAGGCCCGACUUGCGGCAGCUUCAGCACAACGCUUUGGCUGAUUACGUGGAGAGAAAGAGAAGUGUGAAAAGAGACAAGGGAGGACAGAGGAGUGGACUGAGGCCCCAUAGUGCCUAUCUACAGCCUGAAAACAACAACUAUACAGUCUCCUCCUGUCACUCUGACACCCUAAGCCUCUCAUCCACCUCCAGCCUGCUCUCACUCCAGGACUCUGGCGCAGAUCGAAGCUUCUCCUUUGGAGAGAGGCGUCUCUGCUCCACCCUGCCUCCUGAAGCAGACCUGCGCAGCCUCCAGUCCAACUUUUUCUACCCGGGCAGGGUGACUAUUCCGAGGGCUCCAGCGCAACCACCUCUUAGUGCUCCUUCUGGUUCCGUUCCUGAGCCUCAGGCCCAGAUCCUCCAGGAUAUCAUCCCGGACGCAGGGCUCAGCAGACAGAGUCAGUCCUCUAGCAGAGACCUGGGCCUGGACCCCCAAUCGCUGGCCACAGAGCCUCAACUCAACAUAAGACUGUCCAAGCAGCUCAAUGGGGUUCUGCAGAGGGCCGGGUCAGCUCGGGACUCCAGGAAGACAGCUUCUGCUGAGAAUCUCCUGGAGAAAUCUGAGAAGACACAAAUGACUCCUCAACACUACCGCUGCCGCUCCUCCCCUACAGAAGAGAGACUGAACCAGGACUCCCCUCCAGGUGAUGUCAAGAUGUUUGGGGUCUUUAUCUCUGAACCUGGACAUCGCUCUCUGGCUGAGGACAGAUCUGCAGAAGUCCAGCUAUCAGGCGGCCUCGUCUCUCCUCAACACUCCCGAAACACCGUCCAGUCUGCAGGACCUUCGCAAGACCCAGGCUCCUCCCACACUACUGUCACUUGCAGGGAGCGACAGAGGACCAGCGAGCGCCAACGAGCCCACAGCACCUCCACCUUGGCAGCCUCUGUUGGCCUGCCCUGCCCCCUCUCCCCACCUGGGACUCAGAACCGAGGCAGCGCUGAGUGGCAAGCUAGCGAGAGGCUAAGCCAAGCCAACUUGGAUGCCAUCACCUUCCCAGGCGUCCCGCAUCCCAGCACAGGUGACGGUGAUGGCAGUAACACUGCUGGCUACAAUGAAACCCUGGUGACAGACAGACAGACAAUACACAGUUUGAGUGACGCCAGCAUAUUAGAAGACACCGCAAAGGACACAUAUGGAGGGAGAGCCUUCAGCUUGGAGAUGAGAGGAGGGUGUUCUGCAGAAAACGCCAAACCAGUUUGCCUGCCCCAUUUUCAACAUGCAUCCCCACUUAACAGGAAGGACAGUGGGAGCAUUGUGUCGUCCCCUCCCCCAUCCUCCCAUCCGUCCAUUCCCCAGCAACAGUCCUCUCUGCAAAUCUCUGAGUCCAGCCUCUCCAGCUCCAUUGACCAGCAGCAACCACUUGAAUCCUCCAUAGGCCUAUUGCAGGAGGACUUUGACGAAGUCUUCCUCCAAAAUCCUGCCUCUCUGUCACCUCCUCCACUAAUCAAAGAGAGAAGCAUCUCGGAGGACUUCCCUCCACCUCCUCCUCCUCCUUUCCUCGAUUUGGAGCAGGAAGCUGGACACCAGAUUGUGGAAAGUGCUAGCAUGGAUUUCUUAAACAACCCCGUCAUUCCAGCCAGGAAAUCAUCCCUUCACUCCCCUCCAAUGUCCCCUUCCUCCUCUAUCGUUCCUUCGCCUAUGUCCAUCCUCCUUCCUUCCCUGAAGCCACAGCCCUCCACAAUCACCUCCAUCACCACAUCCACCACAGCCAAGGACAGCCUAGGUCUUGAGUACCAGCCUCUACCCAAGAGGGAAAAGACAUCUGAGGAGCUGCGAGUAGAAGCGCUGGCCCAGCAGCUGGUGUUGCAGGACCGCUCUCUGGUGCCCCUCCUGGACACGUGGGGAGGUAAAUCCACUGUAGAGCUUAUGGAGGAGAUCUUUCCAAACAUCAGAUUGGUUGGUAAAUCACCAUGGCAACGAAGGGGCAGUAGCAGAUUGGAGGAAAGAAUCCAAGAUGGCGUCUGUGAUCCUGCUCAGAGCCCAGUGACGAAUCGAGGGAAGGAGACGGAUCUGGAUGAGGAUGGGAAAGACCUUAACACCAGGAAGGUGGAGCUGUGUGAAGCUCUGAGGUGCAGUGUGGCUGCUCUGCGGCAGGAGAAAGAGGUGCUGUGUGAGGAGGAGAGAUGUCACCAGGCGCUGGGGGCAAGCAUUGAAACACUGGUGCUGGAACGCCUCAAACCCAACGAGAGGGAUAAGUACAGCAUGUUCAUUGGAGAUCUGGAGAAGAUCGUGAACCUGCUGCUGUCUCUGUGCAGCCGGCUGUCGAGGAUCAACAGAUCUCUGCACACUCUGGAAAGAGAGGAGCUGACGCAGGAGGACAUGGCAGACGAGAGGGACUCCCUCUAUCACAAACGCUCUCUGCUCCUUGGUCAAACCGAAGACGCCUGGGAGCUGAAGGAGAACUUGGACCGGCGGCAGCGCGUGGUCCAUGCCAUUCUGUCUGGCUACCUCACAGAAUUGCAGCUACAGGACUACCGCCGCUUUGUCAGCACCAAACCCUCCCUUCUGAUUCGCCAGCGGCACCUCGACGACCUCAUACGGCAGGGGGAGGAGCAGCUGACGCGAUUGGCCGAGAGCCUGCCGCAGGAGCAGGCGGAGGCUCACGGUUGGUUGAGAGGGAAUUUAUUCUCAUCAUCAAGCCUGGCCCACUGCUCUUUUCCACCCUCUGCUAUUCCAGGCCCCGCCCACUUAGUCAGGUCCACCACUGUGACAUCACUGUAAUGUCACGGACAGGUCACUAAUAUGAGUGGCAGUGAAGGAUGGGGAAAGAAGAAGAGACAAUUGGCUCCCUAAAAACUCACUUUGAGCUUGAGUGAUGCUCUAAAUUGAAGGAGCUUUACACAAAGGAAUAUUGGGCCUGUUCACACUGAAACAACUAUGUAGAUUUUGCAUAUGAAGAAGAAAAGCCUUUAAUGUGCCUCAUUCUGUCCACACUCAAUUGUAGGUUACACCUCUGUCCACCUCACCAUCAGCAACCAGCGCUGUUUGGACUAAACUGACUGCUGCCAACAUUUUUAAUGAUCCUCUGAUCUGAAAGGUGAUUUCAAAGGGCCAUAAGGUGUUUUCAGGUUGGAAUUUCAUUGUCAAAUAUUUCCAAGGACAAUUCCAUUGUUAUGGGUAAUUCCCUGCAGUUUUCCAGCUCUUAUGUUAAAAAUAAUUGAUAUUUUUGCUUUCAAUAUCUAAAUAUUCUAAAUAUCUUUCUCAGUAACGACGAGAGCAGCGAUUUAAAUCUGUAAAUGUAAAGUUCAGCCUCAAUUUAUGUUCCAUUUUCCAGAUUCCAGAUUGGAAAGCCAGAGGACCUCAAUGUCCUCAGUAGUAGUUUCGGCCCUGCAUUCACCUAUAUAACAUGAGAACUUUUUCAGCUGUAACUUUUCAGCUGUAAACUCCAAAUGGGUUUAAUUAAACUGACCGUAAUCCUGGUGCAGACAGGUUAGCAGCCUGAAUUAAAAGUAAAAAGAUAGAAAAUUAAUUUUAAAAGUCAGCGAAAAGUCAGAACACUCUGGAAUUGUCCUUUGAUAACCCUGAUGGUGCUUUCAGGAACAUCAAACAUUUAGACCUUCCUCCAGGGACUCUUUAUUUCUACUGACAAGACCAAGUGAGCAGGUGUUUUAUCUCCCAAAGACAAAAUGCCAUAAUUUUAAGAAUAAUAAUAUUGUCAUCUUGUCAAACAUUUCAGAAAUUGUUUGAAGACCAGGUCAGCUUUCGCACAUGUACAGUCAACUUAUAAAAAUACAUUAACACCAAAAGUGGAGGGACGCUGUUUUUAUUUUACCACUACAAAAAUAAUGAAAACUCUCAGAAACUGAGUGCACAGAUCCUGAACGGUAGCUCUUCUGGUUACUGUCACAUGAGACUGUAAUACUACUACUGUCACUACUGUCUGUAUGUCUGGAGCUUGUUGCACUUUUUGCUGUAGCAGCUUGACUACUGUUUGCUUCAGAAUUUUCACUGAAUGAUACACAUUGUUCUACUUCUGCCUUUUUGAAAGUUGAUGUGUUGAAACAUUUGAUGUCAAAAAAAUGGAGAAGUUUAUAUUCCAAAGAUGGAUGACUUGUUUGCACACAUCAACUUGUAUUAAUUUUGGAUUUGAGGUUGUGUUUGGGCCAAAAAUAUCAAUUCUUUUUUUUUGAGUUUUUUACAACCACCACCAUUACUCUAACUUCUGAAUAAUCUCUCAGUCAGUGACUGAUUAAUUGGUCAGAUAUUUCACACAUGAAAUGUCAAGAACAACAAAUGCCACAAUUUACUAUACCAAAAGAUAUUAAAUGUAUAAAGAAAAUUGAAAAUAAGCAACAAUUAAAACAUUUAUCUACCCUGGAAAUCCAGAGUUCUCACGAGAGCACAAUUUGAAUUUGCUCAGCGAGUCACUCUGGCAUUCAGUAAUGAUGCUCAUUAACUAUGCCCUUGUAGCCAAGCUGCACCAAUCACAUCGGUGUAUCUGAUAUAGGCGGGCCAGGGGCAGAUGACGACAGCGCUGCGAUGUCAGAGUCAUUAAUUAAACAUUGCAAGAUGGCUACGGAUGAACACCAGUUGUUUGAAACAGCUUUGGCCGCUACAAUGAACGAGUUAGACUUGGCUUUUUAUCUAAAAGAGGAACAGAAGAUGGCGUUCGAAGGAUGUUUUUGCUAUUUUGCCGACCGGAUACGGCAAGAGUUUAAUCUACCAGUUAGCUCCACUGGUAGCUAAGCGUAUGGGGCUUUGGUCGUAGUUUUCCAAUUGCGUGCAGUGAGAUUUUCAAAUGCAUGCUUGGUGCCACCCCUCGAAUUGGGCCAUUUUCAUUACUCAUUGCCAGACCCUUAAUCUUUUGGAUUUGGGUCUGGAUUUCUAGGCUAACAUUUAUCAGCAUUGUCGUUGAAAUUGCUGAUAAUUGUUUUGUCAAUCACCAAAUUCAUAAACAUACAGCUCUCAAAGUUGGCCCUUCCCCUCCGGCUCAAUGAGCCAGAGAGAAAGAGAGAGCAGUGGUGGUGGAGCGAGUUAGAGAGUGAAUGAAGAGAGGGAGCGCCAUACAAGUCAGAGGAAUAAAACAUUAUUUUCUGAGUGUUCCCGUGAUGACGUCACUAUGACAUCGUCAGGGUUAUAGACUUCUCCUACAGAUCCACAGUAGACAUUACACAAAUGUUUUCACAGGCUGAGUAGAACUGCUCAUCACAAGUAAACUAAUCGUCUUAAUGUGUAAAACUGGUUGAUUGCCCCUUUGAUCUUAUUUUAAGGGGCUAUCCUCCUCAUGGAUUAAUAAUUGUUGGAAUCAGAAAAUAUUUUUUUAUGGUCAUCAAUUUGUGCGCAGUGGGUAAAGUACAUAUGAAAAGGAAAAAGGUGCAACGUCAAGACAAUGCAAACAAUAAAAUGAUAAUAUAGUAAUAAUUGUAGUAAUAAGUGUUGCACCAUCUUCUUUUCUCUUACUCUUUUUAAGUCACAGUCAUAAAAAUAUCACUUCUGAAGUUAUUAAUUUGCUUGGCAUUUUUUACCUUCAUUUGAGAGUGCACUGUCCUCUCUGGGCAGUAGUUUACCACAGAAAACAUUUUCCACUUUAGAUCAACUCUUAUGUCUGCCAAUGAAGGAUCAGGAUUAUAUUUGAGUCACAUCAGUUUAUCCAUGUAGCAGGUGCUAUUUGGCUUCCCUUCAGUUCAAUUUAUCUGGUGACUCUAACAUGGUUCAAAUAGUUAAAGUACUGAUCAGCUUUUUACCUGUUUCAUUCUACACCAACAGUACAUGUUUCCUUUUACUGUUAUAGUUUUUAGAGCACCUUUUAAAUAUUGUGUUUGUCAUAUUCUCUAAACAUUACACCACACAAUAACCAAGGUUUUACUGUUCAUUAUUGUUUGUACAUGUUAUUUUCAGAAGGAAAUUCAAUGUUGGCUUUAUGAAAGAAGGACAAUUAAAGAACAGCUCUUAUUUUUUGCAAAAUAAA